AUGUCAUUACCAAGUAAGUCAACUGUUAAUCAAACCUUAGAUCUGUUAUCUAUUUCACCAAUUCCAGCUGCUAUCUUAGGUGGAUCACUUUUACUCAAAGGUUUGGCAGGUAAUCCAAUUCCUGUCACCUCCCCAGUACAAGGUUCAUCUGGCUCAUUCUUAUUCCGUAAUAAAUUGGAUGUUCUUAAACCUACCCGUGCUUCUUGUUUCACAUUUGGUGGUGCAUCUCUUUUGGGUGCUUGGAUGAUGUUUGAUGGUGAGCCAAUCAAUGCCAGUGGGUUUAAUUUUGCAUGGCUGACUUUAUACCUUAUUGUCAAUGGGAAAGCAUCACUUCUGAGUAUAUUCAGAGGUAAGGUUGCACCACUUGCAAUUAGUGGUUUAGCUGUAUUCAAUGCUGGUUUAUACGGUAGAGAAUUCUUAUGGAGCAAAAAUAGCCCGUUCAAAGGAUAA